CCCCGGGAGCCCGCUCGCCGCCUCGCCAUGGCCUGCAGGCCGCGAAGCCCCGCCGGCUACGAGGACCGUCGCGACCACGACGCCAGCCCCCCGCCCCCCGCGCGCUGGAGCCUCGGACGCAAGCGCACGGCCGACGGGAGGCGCCGGAAGCCCGAAGACGCCGAGGGCCUCGCAAGGCCGCCCAGCGGUCACAGACCCGACAGUUUUACCACUCCUGAAGGCCCGAAGCCCCAUUCUAGGUGUUCAGACUGGGCAAGUGCAGUGGAAGAAGAUGAAAUGAGGACCAGGGUUAACAAAGAAAUCGCAAGAUAUAAAAGGAAACUCCUCAUCAAUGACUUUGGAAGAGAGAGAAAGUCAUCAUCAGGAAGUUCGGAUUCGAAGGAGUCUGUGUCCGCGUUGCCGGCCGACUUGGAGACGGAUGAAAGUGUCCUGAUGCGGAGACAGAAGCAGAUCAACUAUGGGAAGAACACCAUCGCCUAUGACCGUUACAUCAAAGAAGUCCCCAGGCACCUUCGACAGCCCGGCGUUCAUCCCAAAACCCCCAACAAAUUCAAGAAGUACAGUCGGCGGUCGUGGGACCAGCAGAUCAGACUCUGGAAGGUGGCUCUGCAUUUUUGGGAUCCCCCAGCUGAAGAAGGAUGUGAUUUGCAAGAAAUACAUCCUGUGGACCUCGGGGAGAUGGAGACUGAGUCCGCAGAAAGCAGCUCUGAGUCCCAGACGAGCUCUCAGGACAACUUCGACAUGUUCUGCGGCACCCCCACUAAAGUCAGGCACGUGGACCGCCAGGCGGAGGACGAGUUUGACUUGGAGGCCUGUUUAACGGAGCCCCUGAGAGACUUCCCGGCCAUGAGCUAACCGGCGCCACCUGGAGGCCGACUGCCCAGCAUGCAUCCUCAUGUGUAACUGGAGGUUCCUGUUAAUAGCUUGCUGUCUCCUGGGGAAGUGUUCUCGCCCUGUUUUCUUAAAAAAUGUUAACUUUAUGUAUAGGGAGUGUACUUUGCAUGUUUUAAAUUGUAAAUGGAACUAAAUUCGAGGAAAAUUUAACUUGAAGCAGUCUUGCACCAACUUCAAUCGUUUCAUCUCCAAUGUCCUUGACGUUAACCUGGAAAGUGUAGCGUAACUUUUUCCACGGGUGAUUUAACAUUACCUGCUAAACACUGCAGAUGUGAAACUGCUACUCGUCAGAUGGCUGGCUUGGGUUUAACUGUGUUCUUGGGACCAGUCUGGCAUCGACUUUCUUUACUGGUAUCUGAGUGAGUGUUCUCAUAAUCGGCUCCUUCACCAUCUCUAUGGAAAGCGUUGGUUUUCUGGCUGUUUGUCAGUAUAUCAAGGUGGGAUUUUUCCUCAUACAGAGCACUGAAUAGUCAAAGAUACUAAGCUGAGCUGAUAAGUUAGUGGAUUUUCUGUGAGUUAUACAGUCUUAACUGGGUACUUGUAAAUAGCACUAAGCGGGCCUUCUCCCUGUAAUACUCCGAAAGGCAAGGCAGCAGAGGGGUUAGAAAGAAUUUUUUUUAAUAAUCAGUUAAUUCACUUUGUAAAAUGGCUGUAAAGGAUAACGUGUACAGAUUUUCUGUUCGUAUAUUCAGUUGUAAACUUCCUAAGACUGUUAUGUUUCUAUUGCUUUUGUAUGGAAUGACAUUGCAAAAAUAAAAACCUUCUU